UCCAAGCUGCAGUUCAACUUUCCUCUUCCUAGUUUAGUAAGCAACAUUUGCUGCAUGAGCCAUAAUGAAUAUUGUUGUAGAAAUCCUUCUGCUCCUGCUUACUAUCCUCUACUCCUACUUAGAGUCCUUUGUGAAGUUAUUUAUUCCUGUAAAAAGGAAGUCUGUGGAUGGAGAAAUUGUACUGAUCACAGGCGCUGGUCACGGCAUAGGACGAAAUACUGCCAAGGAGUUUGCUGAACUUCAGUCGGUGCUAGUUUUGUGGGAUAUCAAUAAGAAAGGUAUUGAAGAGACUGCUACGGAAUGCAGAAAACUUGGAGCCAAGGUUUACACAUAUGUGGUGGAUUGCAGCAAACGCCAGGAAAUCACUACAGCUGCUGAUAAGGUAAAACAAGAUGUGGGAGAUGUCAACAUUCUUAUUAAUAAUGCCGGGAUUAUAUUCUGUGCUGAUGUAUUGACACUAGGAAAUGAUCAGAUUGAGAAGAUAUUUGAAGUGAACAUUCUUGCUCACUUUUGGACUACACGAGCCUUCCUGCCAGAAAUGAUGAGGAAAAAUCAUGGUCACAUUGUUACUAUUGCUUCAUCAGCUGGAUUUGUUGGAGUCCCGUAUAUGGUAGAUUACUGCUCUACUAAGUUUGCUGCCCUUGGAUACCACAAGGCACUGACAGCUGAGCUUGCAGCACUGCAGAUGACAGGAAUCAAGACGUCAUGUCUAUGCCCUGUAUUUGUAAACACCGGCUUUGUAAAAAAUUCAAGCACAAGAUUUAUUCCUGUACUGGAUCCAGAAGAUGUUGCAAAGAAGUUAGUGGAUGGCAUUCUGACUAAUAAGAAGCUGAUUUGUAUUCCACCUUCUGUGGUUUUUACUACUGUCCUAGAAGUGAUAUUACCAGAACGGGCCUUGAAAGCUUUAAGUGAAUUCAACAGCAUUAAAUUUGAUGCUAAAGUAAGAAGCAUUGACAAGGACAAAUAGAAUGAGAAUGAUGUCAACAACAUCUACAGUUCUUUACAAUACACUAAUACUAUCAGGUUUAUUUAGUAAAAUUGCACAAAGGCAAAUCUGAGAU